AUGUCAUGUAAUACUUGUUGUAAGGCUUUUUCAAUCAUACGAAAAGAGAAAGGAUGUCCGAACUGUGGUUUUAGCUAUUGCUCAAAAUGUCUGAACUACAAAAUAUUUUUACCAAAACUUAAUUUUGAAGCUAAGGUCUGUGGCAAAUGCAAAAACACUUUAAAUUCUAAUCAUAAAGUAAUAGAGCCACCAGCUGCCUAUUUUAAACGAAUUGAAAAUCCAAAUGUUGUAAUAGGCCAAGAAAUGGAUGUUAAUAAAAAUGAUCCAGUUGAGGAAGAAAUUAGAAAGAGACUACUAAAGCUCAAGGAAGAAAAACUUAACUCAUCAGAGUGCUCUGAUAAAGAUAUUGCAGAACGCCUAAAAAAAUUAAAAGAUAUUCCUUCCACUUCCCAGGCACAGAUUGAACAAAGAUUAGCUAAUAUUAAAGAAGUCCCAAUACAAUCAAUUCAGAGUAAGCCAGCAUUACCAACACCAGAUAUAAGAACAGAAGAAGAACAAGCUAAUGACUUACUUAGACAAUAUAUGGCUCAUGCAAGUAUGGAUAAAAAAUAUGAAGAUGAAUUUAAUAGCAAAAUUAAUGAUAUUGAAGGGAGACUUUACAAGCUGAAAGGUCAACAGACUGCUUCUAACAGUAUUUCAAGGACUGAUAUGGUUUUGAUGGAAUCAGAAGAUGAAUUGAUUAGAAAAAUCAUAGACAAGGCUAAGGUUGAGUCUGAUGAUGAAGUUGCAAGCCCUAUAAAUAAUGAAUUGCCAUUUUGUGAAAUUUGUAAUGAAGAUGCAGUAAUGAGAUGUUUGGGUUGCAAGUAUUUAUUUUGUAAACUAUGUUUUAUGGAACACAAGGAUGAUGAUGAUGGUUGUGAUAAGUAUGAGAAAUAUACAGCCCCAUAA